AUGUCGCUUAUGCAGAGUACUCCGUUCAUUGUCGACGGUAAGGGCCAUCUCCUCGGUCGUCUUGCCUCGAUCCUGGCCAAGCAGAUCCUCUCGGGCCAGAAGGUCGUUGUUCUGCGCGCUGAGCUGAUCAACGUGUCGGGCAGCUUCUUCCGCAACAAGCUCAAGUACCACGCUUUCAUGCACAAGCGCCACCUUGUCAACCCGAAGAAGAACGGUCCUUUCCACCACCGCGCUCCUUCGCGCAUCCUCUUCCGUGCUGUCCGCGGUAUGGUUCCCCACAAGACUGCCCGUGGUGCCGCUGCUCUCCAGCGCCUCAAGAUCUACGAGGGUGUGCCGCAGCCGUACGACCGCAAGAAGAAGCUGGUCAUUCCUGACGCUCUCCGUGUGCUCCGCCUCAAGCCGGGCCGCAAGUACGCUACUCUUAAGCGUAUCUCCAGCGAGGUGGGCUGGAAGUACGCCGAGACUGUCGACAAGCUCGAGGCCAAGCGUAUUGUCAAGCAGCAGGCUUUCCACGAGCGCAAGCAGGCCGCUCUCAAGCGCCGUGCUGCUGCUGCGACGGCUGCUGCCAGCGAGCUCGAGCCGAUCAACCAGAAGCUCGCGGAGUACGGCUACUAA